GUUUGAUCCUGGGAUUAUGACCUGAGCCGAAAGCAGUUGCCCAACCGACCGAGCCACCCAGGUGCCCCCAUUGCCGAUUCUUAUAUUGAAAUGCCCUCUCUAUCUCUACUGUCCAGAAAACAUCAGAAAGAGUUUGACAUGUUUUUUGAAGUUUGCUGAUCCUGUAUUAGCCUCAUCAUUGUAUUCUCCAUUCAUCAGAUCUCACUGGGAGAAAGGACCUCAAAUCAACUAGAUUAAUCAUCUAUUAGAUGCAUUAAGUUAAGCCAAGCCUGUGUUUGAAUAUCCAUGGCAGUGGAAGAAACUUCUUCCUAAGCAGUUCAUUCUGUUCUCAAAAGGCUACCACUAUUCUUUAUUUUGUUAAAUUGUAAUCUCACACACACACACACACACACACACACACACAGUGUAGGGAAUAUGAAAGAUACCCACACAGAGGGAAGUAAAAGCUAUUUUCAGAACUAGCAGGUUCUGAAAGAUACCUAGAUUGGCCCCAGCAUUCACACUGGAAUCUACGGAUAAAAUACAACUUGCCAGCUCCAGGCUUCUAGCACAUCUGAAACCGUGUAUGUAAGACUUAGCACAAUGCCUGGCAUACGGUAAGGACUCAAGAAGUCAUUGCCUUCCUCUUCUUCAUGGUUUCUUAAAAGCAGCAAUUCUAAGUUUUCUCUCUCAGUGAUGUGGGUAGAUAAUUAACCUACCUGAUGUAAUUUGUCCCAGCAGCUUCAGUUCAUUUAAAGCAGGUAGGUGCUAUUACAAUCUCUUCAGUUUCCUCUUCAAUGUCCAUUCUCUCUAAUUCAUUAAGAUUAAUGAAUUUAAUUGUUCGAUCAUGUGCCAAUUAACUGCUAGCCAUUAUACUGGAUAUAAUAUACCAGGAUCAAUAAGUUGCUGUCUCUGCCUUCAAGCCACUCACCAUUCUUUACUGAGCAACUGUUAUGUGCCCAGGAGUGGGCUAGGCUUUAGGGAUACAAAGAUGAAUAAGCCUUAUACACACAGCCUAGUGGGAGGAGACAAAUACAAGGAAAUACUGGGUGGGGCUCUAGCAGAAAAGUACUGUAUACAGAGAGGCAAGAGGGAGAAGGGUCAAGAACGAAAGGGAUUGCAGAGAAAGUGAUAAUCUGUCUUGUGAAAGAAGAGGAUUUGCCAGGUAGGAGGGGGAAAGGGUCCCAGAAGGAAGCAGAGCAAAUAGGAUAUAACCAGAAAACAGGGCCUAAGUCCUGCCAGCAUUGAGGCUGGACAGCCCACAGGAGCAAGGGGGUUUGGGGGUGAGGGGGUCCUCCAUAUACUGUGCUUAGUAGUUUAUCUUCUAAGCAGUGGGAAGCAAGAUGAUGAGAUCUGUUUGAGAAAGAUAACUCUGGAAGCACCCUAGAGAAUGAACUGGUAGGGGAAGGACUAUUUGGAGAUGUGCAAUAGUAUCUCUGGCAGAAUAUGAGUAAAGUUAGGACUAGAACAAUGGAGGCUAGAGAGCAAGACAGCCAAGAAAUUUUAAGGAGAUAGAAUCUGCUGCACUGGGUUGCCAUAUGAGUGAGAAGAAAGAGAGGGAAGGGGAAAAAAAUGUUUCCUGGGUGUCUGGUCAAGACACUAAUUCGAGGUGACACCUACUACAGCAGAUAGAUGUAUAGAGCUACGGAGGGGUGCUUAAGUAUACACAGCCUGUGGCUGGUGGGAGGGAACAUGUGAGUUGAGAAAUCAUCCAGUCUGAAUCACUGUCCUAAAGAGAAGAGGGAGGAAAAAGAGGAGCCGAGGAAUUAGAGGCUUUCUUCUUUGUCAUUUACUAGCAUUGCACCCUUGGCUCAUCCCCAAGGUUUCUGCCUAAAUUUCCCCGGCCCAACACUCCGGGCGGCGCCGCUGGGCCAGCAGAGGGCGCCAGGCGGACUGCAGCCCAGAAGCCGCGUUAUGGCCGCCUCGCGGGUGCUGCUGCUCCUGUCUGGGCGCCCUGUGUCGCCGAGCUUCGUGCAGAGUGUGUGUCGCCUCCUGGGCGCCGGGCCAGGGUUCGGGCCGUGGCCCACGCACUGCAGCUUUAAGCGAGGACAACUCGUCCUCUCGGACCGGCCAUUCCCAGGCGCUUCGACCACGCUUCCGCUCCAGGUCGGGAGAAAGGGGAGCAGGGUGGGGGGCAGGAGUGGGGUGUGGAGCUGGCGCGGGAGGCCAGGCUCCAUCAGACUCGACCUCCUCCUCCCCAAUCGCGCGGUGUUGCCCAAUUUUUGCCCGGCUUCUGAAGCCUUAAACCAAACGGCUACCUACCCCCCGCACCCCCACCAGCGACCCCCUUUCUGCCCUUUUGUGGCACUGGACCAGCAGCAGCUCAGGGCUCGGGGGUCUGAGCUGCCCACGAAUCGAGGUGUGGAUCUGGGUGUGGCCGUCAUUCUGCAGUCCAGCGACCAGACUGUCUUGUUAACCCGAAGGACAAGCACCCUCAGCCUUUCUCCCAACCUCUGGGUACCCCCAGGUGGGCACGUGGAACUUGAAGAAGAGCUGUUGGACGGAGGGCUCCGAGAGCUUUGGGAGGAGAGUGGAUUGCAGCUGCCCCAGGACCAGUUCUCUUGGGUCCCUCUGGGGUUAUGGGAGUCUGCCUACCCUCCAAGGCUGAGCUGGGGUCUCCCCAAAUACCAUCACAUCAUUCUCUAUCUUCUCGUGGUCUCCCAGGAGUCACAGCAGCAGCUGCAGGCCCGGAUCCAACCAAACCCAAAUGAGGUGAGCGCCUUUAUGUGGCUGGGACCAGAUGUAGCAGCUGCAGUGGCCACCAUGGAGGAUGGUACAGAGACAUCCAGGCAUCUCCCCCAGGAGCUACCACCCUCCAUCCUUAUAGUAGAACUAAAAGAGGAUGGAGGAGCUCGACCCCUGGCCUUGCCCGUGUCCACGCUGCUGCGGACAACCCCAACCACAGCUGAAGGAAAAGAGAGGGUCAGCUCUGGGACGAAGUUUGCCCUCAGGCUCUGGCUGCAACAUCUGGGCAGGUAA